AAAUUAAACAAAUUCUUGUGAAACACGUAAUGUAAGCAGUCUAGACACAGCAGAGCACACAAAAUGAAUGGUAAGCAGUUGUUUUUAGUUCUGGCCACUGUCCUGGUCCUGGGCAGCAGCCUACAAGUGGAGGCGACAGAGACAACCGACAACAAGACCGGGCAAUUUGUGCCCACGAAGGAAUGGCAGGUGAUCAACGAAGGUCAGGCAAUACCAAAGGGCUUACACGUGCGCAUUAAUUUGCAGACCGGCCUGAAAGAAGCCAAGUUGCUGGACGAGAGCGAACGUGGCACAGCGCUGCAGAGCAGCCAGACAAUAGACGAAACUGACGGUGAACCGCUGCCCCUGGACUACAAGAAAGAUUUGAUUGAGGCGUCGCAGCGCCACGCCAAGGAGUACGUGGAGCUACGAAAGGCCUACAAGGAGUUCCAGAAGAAUUUUCGGACCGAUGGCGAGCUGGUUGUUCAACUGAUCGGACAGUACCGAAACUUCAGCAAGAACCCCUUGGAGUCCGAGCUGAAGCCCAAGCUGGACGCACUGGAGACUCUGGAGUUUUUGCUCCAUCAAAUCGAUAAUGCCUUGGUGUUCAUUGAUAACGGCGGAUUGGAUGACGUGUUGCUGCCGAUCGUUGUGAACGACACAAAUACGGCGCUAAGAGUAUCCGCCAUGCGAGUGCUGGGCUCCCUGACGAGCAACAAUCCCAAGGCCCAAAUCAAGGUGUUUGAGAAGAGCUUCGGUUCCCAUCUGUCCCAGAUAAUCAUCAGCUCCACAAAUACUGCAGAAAUCUCCUCGGCGUUACAUGCCUUUGGGGCGCUGCUGCGAAAGUUCCCGCUGGCCCAAAAGCGCGUCCUCUCCACCUCGGGCACACAGGCUCUGAUUCGGGUCCUCCGCAGCCCGGAAAUGGAGCUUCGCAGCAAGGGAAAAGUGGUAACGCUGAUCAGUGAUUUGGUCCAGGAGAAGCGUUUUGCUCUGGAGGGCAGCAAAGACAUGCCAGAUGCCGCCUCGUCCACCGCCCAGUAUGUGCUCAUCGAGUUUGAGCCCUGGCUGGAGACUCAGGGCUACUGCAGAGCAUUGGAUGAUGUGCUAUCCAAGGACUUCCUGCACUUGUUGGACCAACCCGAGCUAGUGGAGCAGUUCUCGACGGCCAUAUGGACCACGCAGAGUAUGUGUCACAGCGUCUGGUCGCAGAGCUCGGCCCUGCGGCAUGCCUUGCUCACGAUCCGGAAUAGAUAUGCCAACAGCAAGGAUGAGUAUCGCCUAGAGGUGUCGCAUGCGCUGAACAAUAUCUGCAAAAGGCUCUACGACAAGGCGAAGCAGCACACAGAACUGUAGGUGGAAACGUAGCCAAUUUUAGUUGUAUUUCGUAUGUAUUUAAGCUUAUUAUUUAAGUUGAUUUGAAUUCAAUUCGAACGCCAAAUCGCAGGACUCCAAAUAUGUUUAGGUUAAGUCUGAGGAUACUUAUGUUAACACAGUUGCCAAGUACUUGUGAUGCGCACAGAAUGCUCUUAAUGUAAAAAUAGAACUGGUCAUAAAUGUC